ACUGAUGUACGCCGGGCAAGUGGACGUCAAGGAUGUUGUGUGCAAUGUGUUGGUCCCACUCCUGCGGCAGAUGGAGAGCAUGUAUUUGAGUACUUUGGACCUGGCGUUCUAUCCCAUCAGUGACAGCGACGAAGCGCUGAGCGAGGUUGCCAUAGCGGGCACCAGGUUGGGCCAGCAGAUGAGCGCUGUCUUGGUGUUGUUCUCUGCGAUGCAGGUUGUGGCUGCGCAGCAGGGAAUAUGGAUGGAUUCCGGUGUGCUUGUAUUUGACGUGCUCAGGUACUUCCAGCUGGGAUUGCUUGGCCACCUGGCUGCUUAUUUUCGGUACGCACACAGGCUGGAUGCAGAUCUCAUGAAGAGCCUGGGCAUCUGGAGCAGCACUGUGAAUAUGGGUGUUGAAGCUGUGGUUGUGUCGUACUAUAUGGUUGUUGGUGAGGAGGACGACGCACACUGUCGCGCAUGCAUAAAACUUGUGCAGCUGCCGCAGGAGCACAAAAUUUGCAUGGAGGACAUCAGCAUAUAUCGGUUUGCGGCCAGAUGGCAGACGGGCGCCGAGAUGUUUAACUUGGCUGGCAAUGAUAUGGGCGUUGAUGGCAUUGGCAAUGUUGAGCUGGUUGUGAACCGCUCUGGGUCAUGUGGUACUGCCACUGACCACAGGUUCACGGAGGUUCUGAAGCCGGCGCCUGCUUUGGAUUCCUUGAUUUUGCACUUCAGGAUCAAACUAUCCCCUGCUGCUGCUGCAAUUGUUGAUAAUGCUGCUGCCGUGGCAGACGAGCCCCACUUGUUGCCUGCUCACCAGCCAGCUAGUGCAGGUCGAGUGAUGCUCGGAUCAGUAUGGGGUUUCCCUGAGAGUGGUGAGGGCGUCAGACAUAAUCUUCAGAGCAUCUCCUACGACGGUAUGCGGAUAUGCAAAUGGUAUGGUACAGCGACGGUGACUGCAACAUUGCUAGCCCUGAGCAAGCACAGCAAUCAGUAUGGCGAGAAGUGGGAGGCUGGGGAUGUUAUUGGCACAUAAAUUAAUUUGGAUUGCGGCAGUGUUUUAAAUAGCCAGUCGAUAGGUAAGGAAUUUGAAAGGGGCGU